AUGUCGACUUGCGAUGUUCUUGAUGAAUAUUAUCCAGGAUUUACAAAAUCGUCAGCGCUCUUUUGGUGCAAAUUUUUAUUAAAUUUGGAAGAAUUCGUUUCGGUCAUAAUGCACCAAGAGUAUACAAUAUCAGUAGCGAGUUUGGUGAUUAAUACCUUCCAUAUCAUAAUUCUCACCAGGACUGCUAUGCGGAAAUCUUCCAUAAAUCUCAUUAUGGCUGCAGUUGCAGUGUUUGACAUAUUCACAUUGUUUCCAACUUUCGAGCGUUUCAUUUCGGAAUUUAUCAGCUUGUUUCGUCGCUGCCCAAAACCACCUUCAUACUCUGAAGCGCUCAUGGGAAUAGGCUUUUCAGAAUUCAAAGAUUUUUCGCAAAAAUGCUCUACAUGGCUUUGCUUUUUUAUUGCUCUUAUUCGGACAUUAGUAAUUCGAAACCCACUGAAUCCAAAAUAUGAGAAAUUGGCACAUUCAAAAUUUUCCAUCCAUUUUAUAAUUGGAACCGUCUUGUUUAACAUGCCAUUCACCGUGAUAGGCUUUUUAAAAUACGAUAUAGUUGAAAUGGGAUUUUGGUACGAGUGUGUUCGAGCUAUAAAUGGGAGACAAUAUGUUAUGGUUAUCUCCAAGUUUUACCGGCAUAACAAAUUAUUGAUAGAACUUCUAGAGACUCUAAAUGCUCUUAUUUCCAAAAUCAGUCCCUGUCUGCUUUUUCCGAUUGUCACCAUAUUUCUGAUUAAAGAAAUUAGGAAAGCUGAUGAAAACCGGAGAAAAAUAUCAUCCUCUUCAUCAGCCAAAACUUCGGAUUCUCGAAAAACAUCCCGAUUGGUGUUAUAUAUGACAAUUAUGUUCUUCGUUUCCGGGUUUCCAUAUGGUCUUAAUACUGUAGUUGGCUUCUAUUAUGUACAUGUUCCCGGUAUAUGGCAAAUCCUACAAGAGAUCGGGUUUAUGCUGUCGCUUUUAUUAAAGUUGAACACAAUGUCCCAUUUUGUAGUAUGCUUAUGUAUGUCACAUCAAUAUCGGCAAACUGCAAUUGGUAUCAUAUUCUGUGGACAUUUGGCAUUACAAGAUAAAAAAUCAAGUGUUGUUGCUGUGUCUCAAAACCAAUCGCGAAACGUCUCAGCAGGAGUUAGAACAGUAGCCUAA